AUGCCACCAAAAAAGACCAAACCUGCUGCCGCUGUUGAAGGCUUGACUUUUCCCGCAGCUACUCCAGCUAGUCGAGAUCCCAAUCCAAUGAUGUUCUACGACGCUUGCUUGGCUCCGUUGGGAUAUACUCGUACCAUCACCAUGGAGGACAGGAAGGCUUUUGCCUAUGGUCCUCCAGGCCAAUACAUUCUAUGGCUUGGUCAAGCAGAUGACAAGCAUAUGAAACAGAAACUACCACCUACCGGAAAUCGUUACACUGGGUUACAUAUUUGCUUGAUGGCUCCUAGCCGAAAGGCAGUCCAUGAAUUCCAUGAAGCUGCUCUGGAAAAUGGAGGAAAAGAUGAGGGAGCUCCUGGACUCCGACCUUAUGUCACCAACUACUAUGCCGCCUAUGCUAUGGAUCCAGAUGGAUGGAAAUUGGAAAUAUGUUUCAUGGAUGCUCCUACAGCUGAUGAAGAUGAAGGCAUUGGAAAGGAAGAGAAGAAGAAGGACUCGACCGAUGCUACUGAAGAGACUGCUGAAGGUCUCAAAGACGCUGAGGCUGAAGAAGAGGAACAUGGAUCUGCUCCAGAAGAAAAGGAAGAAAAGAAAACCAAGAAGACCAAGGCUGCUCCCAAAGGUCGAAAGCCAAAGGCAGCUAUUGUUGAGGAAGCCGACGAAGAUGAACCUGACAUUGUACCUGAAAAGGAAGCAGAAAAAGAAGAAGCACCUGCUGGUCGAAGCAAACGCGCACGAGCUCCACCCAAGCCCGUCGUCAAGUCAGAAGACGACGACGACGAAGACGAAGAACCAGCUGGUGAUGAUGGAGAUUCAGAUGAUGCACCCAAGAAGAGGUCAAAGGCAGCAGUAAGCAAAGGUGGUAAGAAACCUGCUGCUUCUAAAGCUAAAGGUAAAAAGUAG